AUGUCCAACGUUUCAAGCGUUCACACCACCGGAAUCAUUGUUGCAGACACUUCUAAGUUAGAAUUUGUUGGCUCAAUCCCUAAAGCCAUGCUCUGUGAUGUACCUCGUGCCAGCAAAGUCCUUAAAGGCUAUUGUACUAUUCCUACCUCAAGGUUUCGUCCUUUAACUCCUAAGAUGCAGUUGAUUAUAGCUAAAGCAGAUAAACCAAAGAUAGGGGAACCUCUUGUUUCAGUCAAUGCAUCUGAUGCGGGGGUUAAUACUUUAGGUUUUACAAUGUCUUCUAUCACACCACCUAUUUCCCCACUUCGCCAAGAUGAUCCUGAUAUGAUCUAUGGGGAUGGUGAAGACAAUUUACCAGGAUUCACUUUCAGUCCCUUCACCAUUAGAAUUGAGAGUGAUGAUCAAGCUCCGUUAAUGAAGGGGAAACUUAAAGACAUUCAUGAGAAGCUUGAUUCUUUUCUUUAG